UCAACCAAUUAGUUCAUAAUAUAAUAAUGUGUGUGCCAUAUUACUAAUAUUUUUAUUUCAGUAUUUACUAUAAAUAUGUUAACAGAAUAUUUAAUGAGAUAAAGGAAAAGCAAGUUAGUUAGUCAGCACUUAUAUUCAUAUGUAUACCAUUUUAAUUGACUCAUUUUAGGGGGAAACAGCUAAAUUGAUGCAACAAAUAUUACAGGGAAAAAAUGGCUAAAUUAAUUAAGUAUUACUGGGCUCUAAAUAAAGUAAUUGCUCUGUCGGCCUGAUUAAAGAAUGGAGUUGGCCGUAUGCCAUGCCCAUCCUUGGUCUAAUGUAAACUGUAGCAACAGUUGUGAUAAUAAUGCUCACCUUUGAUUGACACUCUCAGAUAAGUAGUCAUUUAGCAAUGUGUUUAUUAUUAUUACUGCGGUUUGCGAGGGCUGCGCUGCAUCACGCUGAGAGCUAAAUAUGUUAAUCAAAAUAUUACAAGCAGCUGUUUUGUGUGAUGCAGCGUCGUCGUACAUCACCACAAUAGCAAACAUAUUGGCAAAUCAAUACAUGAAUGAAUAGUUUUCUUUAUUAUUCCAAAAUAGAUGAUUGUUUUCCCUCGACAUUUUAAUCACAGUACCUCAUCAUGACAAAUUUGGAUUUUCUUUGAAAUGAAGGCAAAUUUGUGGUAAAUAAAGCACUAAUAUAUAUAUACAUUUACAUUUAUGUUCCUUGUAUUUUUAUUUUGUAUUACCUCCAUUUUACUGUUUGAUUGUGGCGUGUUGCCUCUUCUGAAAGGCGUCAAUAGAUAGGUAGAUGCCCCUCAGCAGCAAGAUGAAGAUUGCCUGGAGGCAGAUAUUUUUGCCAUCAUAAACAUCCACGCGCGUCCAUCACUUUUCCCGCUGGUAUGCGGCGAGCACCAAUUAGAGUCAGGGAACGAGAGGAGGAUGGGGCACCACUAUUUCUUUCUUCAUUUUUUUAGGAGGGGGGGGGGGGUGGCGGUGAAGAAAAUGAAAAGAACGACGGAAGGUCAGAAGAAUGCAUGGCAGCAGAGGAUGAGAGAGUGAAGUCAUGUUGUCAUGGAAACUGGCACGGAUGUGAGGAGACAAAACAAGAAUGUCAGUGGGGCUCGCUGCGGGAAAGAAACGCAGAGGUGCGUCCACUCGGGUGGAUGUCCAUUCAAACAACACGCUUUGUGUCGAAAAAAUUUUAGCCGCAGCCACUCCUUCAAUCAUUUCAUCGAUUCAUUUUUUUUUUAUAGUUCUUGUUGACUUUAAUGGAGAAAAGCGGCGUACACCCUGGACUGGUCGUCCGCCGGCCAAUUGCAGGGCGCAUAGAAAAUGGCGCCGCCACACUCACGUUCAAACCAAUGUAGUCACAACCUAAGUUGCAUGUUUCUGGAAUGUGGGAAGAAGCUAGCACAGUCCAUUUGUUCAGUAUGGUUCAGUUGUAUUUAACUUUGAAGUUCAUGAAGACAUUUAAUCUUGUAGACCGUGUUUGUUGAACCAAAAAAUGAUGUCUACAAUUUAAAUUUAACUCAGUAAUGUUGAAACUGUGCAUAAUGUACAGUGGAUUACAAUAAUAUUAAAUCUACUUUUUAGGAAUAAAACCUCCGCCUUUGUUUUUGAUGGUGGUACUUGGCGAGCUUAAAAACCUACAAUAUAUACAGUAUACAAAAGGUUUUGUCGGGGCGUACUCAGUGUGUAAGAAUGUUGAAGUGUCGUCGUGAGUGUUGGCGACAGAUGAUGAUGAUGAUGAAGCUGAUGGUUUCCAUGGGGACACGCUCUGCCCUUCUGUUGCCUUUGUGUGUGGAGCCACUUACCUGCAGAAACAUCUCUGUUCACUUUCUAUGUGUACAGUGCUGCAUAAUUUAUGCUUGCCAUUUUUCCGGUAUUACCAGUGACAAUUUUUAUUCUUACGCCGUAUUUGUAGAUGUCGACUGUUGUGAUGGGUUAGUGUCAACCAAGUCUCCACAUUUUCAGGGAUUAUUUUCCUGUUGCCAAGCAAGAAAUCACUUCAUUUUUUUUGCAGGUGGACAGACACAAGCUUAUUGGCCUCGCGCAAUAAAACGUAAGAUAAACAGGUCCUCUCUCGCUCUCAAAUUGACAAAAUAAAUUAAAAAACAGGAAAGGAAAAAAAACUAAGCAGUAGGUUUUGCUGCAGAAAACGCAUGUGGCCACUAGAUGGCAGUAGUGUCUCUCUUUGCAGCACAGGAUACAGCAGUGGAAGUGGCUCUUGACUGAAUUUACUUUCGAACUUCACCAUUGCUUGUUUCGACUUUAGACCGCUUUCUGGUUUUCAUGUCGGUUACAGUGUAUGACUAGUAACGUACAUCUGAAACAGGUAGCAUGAGUGACUUCUUGUCAUAAGAACGAAACGAUCAAAAUAAUAAUCAACGCAAGUGACUUUUUCAAUUGUCGGAAAGUUAGCAUUUAAAUGCGACUUGGAGGUUUUAUGACAUGGUCGUUUCACCCCAGGCACAGAAUAUUUCCAUGAUUUUUUUUUUCUAUUCCUUUUUCAAUAUUCAUUCCAUUACAAGCCUCCUCCUUCCUCCAUCUUACGGAUCCCACAGUGCGCUGCAGAAAGGCUGGCGUGCAGAUGUUGCCGCAAGAACUCUUGUAAAAAUGUGGAAAUUAGACUUCAAAUCGAAUCACCAAGGUGUGACACCAAAGCCUGCAGAGACAAUCGGCUCGCUGUCUAACUGUCUGACUAAUUACCAAAUAAACUCAUGCGCAACUUGCUCACGCUGAAAUGCGCAAAAGAGCUACUUGGCUCACUAAGUCACUAAAUCCCCCACUAACUCUAACUCAAUAACUUUCUAGCUCACUCCCAAACCCAAACUAAUGCACGAACAUAUUAAGUCACUCAACUCCACAAUUAUCUCUACAUGUGUACAAUUAUUUCACAGACUAACUCACUCCCUUCUUAUUCACUCAUUCAUUCGAUAUCUUACUCAUUCAAUAACUCAGUAACUCACUCGCCAACUCCAGCUGACUCCCUAAAUAAUACACUAAAAACACAAACAGGCUCACUAACGUUUUAACUAAUUAACUAACUUGUUCACUCACUCAAUAACUCAUUUACUCGCUAAUUCUGACUCACAAACUAAUUCACCCCAAAAUGAACUGGCUCACUAACUCAUUGACUAACUCAUGAACUAACUCUCCACCUCGCACCCUCAUUCAUUCCAUAACGUACUCAGUCGCUAACUCCAGCUGUCACAAACUACUUCACACCAAAAAAAAAAAAAAAAUACCCUACUAACUUAUUAACUAAAUCAUCACUCAAUCAAUAACUCCUUUGCUCACUUUGCUAAUUGUAACUCACACAAAACACACUAACUGGCUCACUAAUUGUUUGACUAACUCAUCAACUUACAAACGCAAACUAAUGCGGCACAUAACAAUGUUAAUAACUCACUCAGUAAAGAACUUUCAACUCUUUCAGUCACUUCGUCACUAACUCCUCAAAUCUCCCAACAGUUUCACUCACUAACUCACUCUGGAGCUAACUCGCCAGUGAAGCCUGCAGAGGCAAAUUCGGGCUCGCUCGCCAUCGAUCAAACACGUUGUCCCGUGAGCCGGCGGUUCUGGCGGCGGGCGGGAGUCCACAUCUGGAGCCGCCACAAGUUUCUCGUUAAACGUGCGAGGAGGCCGCAGGGAGGCUGGGAAGGCGGGGCCGUCCCGCAACCGCAAACACACACGAUCUCACACAUUCACACCCACACAAAUUCACAUAUACAAACACACGUGCACUCUCUUAAACACGCACACACUCUCUCAGGGCCAUACAUGUACACUUUCAUGCGCAUACACACACACACUGUACACACUCAAACUCAUACAGUACCAUCUCACACACACUCACUCAGAAACACACACAAAUACAAUUUCACACAUACUGUCAUACGCACGCACAUUCAGACACGCACACACUCACUCAAAAACACUCUUAGACACACACUUUCACAUAGAUAUGCAUGCACUCUCGCACAAACUCUCAGACAUGCACGCCGCGACUCUCUCGUUCACAUACAAACUAACCCAUUCAAGUUGUUUGUUUAAUUUGUUAGUGUGUGUGUGUGUGUGUGUGUGUGAGGAUCUACAUGGAGAUAUACUGUCUGCCCCCGCCCCCUCCGUUUCUAUGUAAUUGAUCCCAGACUGGACAUUGGCAUUCAUAUCUUCCUGACUUUAUCUUCCAGACAAGACUUCUACUGGUUCCAGAUGCCGGCACCACUCAUGAGAAUUUAUGAGUUCAAGUUAGUUUUCUGGCAGACAAAAAAAAAAAAGAAAAUGUUUAAUGUCUCAAAGAAGCUGGAAGCGAGACAAGAAGAAGCUGACACAAGCAGAGCUCAACAAAAUCCGAAAGAGAAUCAGCAGCAAAGAGAAAUUGUGACCACGCCGUGACAGCAUGUUCCGGAUGUUUCCUCUCGUCUUCCUGCUGACCUCCUGGACUCUGCUUCUUCCUCUCCGAGCUUUGGAUCUGUUCGACCCAGAGGAAGUGGAGUACCUGAGCUUCAACGUGAGCGCGACCACGGGGGGCUCGGUCCGCUUGGACUGCGGCGCCGACCCGCCGUCCAUCUUCAUCUGGGGCUUCACCAGAGCCGGUUCGGACAGCAGCGUGGCUCUGGCCUACGACUACGGCCGCGGUCCCAAGCUGCAGGCUCUACCGGGUGGCGCGGGCCGCAUACGCGUGCCCUCCAACACCUCUGCCCUGGUGGUAGAUGAAGUGAGGCGGGAGGUGGAGGGCACGUACACCUGCCAGGCCUUGUACCACGCGGGCCACGCAGACAGGGUGACCUUCUACUACACCCGGCUAGACGUGGAGGACGACUGAUAGCGACAUCACGCUGAGGCAAUAAACUCAUUAAAGUGUCAAUCGCUCACUAACUCUGUGAAUCACUCACUUAUUUACUCUAACUCUACCUAACACAUGCACUAACUCUUCAUCACACUCAUUCAGUAAAUCUUAACUCACUCACUCACUCACUCGGUAACAAACAU